UUAAACGUUAAAUGAAUAUUUUUUCCACUCAAUGGAAAAAUUUGAAAAGAAAUAAAGAAAUAAAGAAAAAAAUACUAAAAGAAGAAAUGCACACGAUUAAAGUUUUUACGGGUAACUCACACCCAAAAUUAGCUCGACUGAUCUGUAAUCAUUUGGGUAUAGAAUUAAGUCGAUGUAAAGUUGGCAAAUUUUCUAACCAGGAAACGAGCGUUUCUAUCGAGGAAUCAGUCCGUGAUGAAGAUGUAUACGUGGUUCAAAGUGGUUGCGGAGACGUUAACGAUAAUCUUAUGGAACUUCUAAUUCUUAUAAACGCCUGCAAAACGGCAUCAGCCUGCCGGGUUACUGCUGUUAUCCCCUGCUUUCCUUAUGCCCGUCAGGACAAAAAAGAUAAAAGUCGAGCACCGAUUUCAGCUAAGCUGGUUGCCAACAUGCUCUCUGUUGCCGGCGCCGACCACAUCAUCACUUUGGAUUUGCACGCCUCUCAAAUUCAGGGGUUUUUCGAUAUCCCCGUAGACAACUUGUACGCCGAACCAGCCAUUCUGAAGUACAUAACGGAGCAACUCGUAGUAGGCGAAGAUACCAAAAUUUGCAUAGUUUCGCCGGAUGCCGGAGGAGCAAAGCGGGUGACUUCCAUCGCCGACCGACUCAACGUAGACUUUGCCUUAAUCCACAAGGAACGCGCUAAAGCCAACGAAGUAGCCCGUAUGGUUCUCGUAGGGGACGUCAAAGAUAAAAUAGCUGUCCUGGUGGACGACAUGGCGGACACCUGCGGCACUCUGUGCAUUGCAGCUGGUAAAUUGAAAGAUGCGGGCGCUCUAAGCAUUCACGCUAUCGUCACGCAUGGCGUUUUGAGCGGCAACGCGGUGGCCCGACUCAAUGCGUCCUCUCUCGAGUCCAUCGUUGUGACCAACACAAUUCCUGUAGAGGAAAAAAUGGCGCAGUGCCCCCGUUUGAGACAAUUAGACAUCGCCCGGAUUUUGGCGGAGGCCAUCCGUCGAACUCAUAACGGGGAAUCAGUUUCUUACCUCUUUUCUCACGUGCCUUUGUGAGCACCCAUCGAUGUUGCUCGACGUUGCAGGCCUUGUUUUGUAAUAAAUAUGUUGAUCUCCAGAGUUUUGC